ACUCUGAAUUUCUUCGCAGCGGGAGGCGAAGGAAGAGGAGAUGGAGGAAAGGGGAAUGGGGACGGAGUCGGAGCUGGUCUCGAUCCCGGCGACCCCGCAUGGGGUGUCGACGCCGGAGACGAUGAGUCCGUCUGGCCAGCGGUCGCCGCGGCGGCAUGGGGCUGGCGGCAGCGUGGCGGCCGGAUCCUACUCAGCCAAGUCAUGGACGCCGACACCGGCGAUGAUCUCGCCGCGGUUCCUUAGCCCGUCGAUAUCGUCGGCGGUCGGGACUCCGAUGAAGCGCGUGCUGGUGAACCUGCGGGGCUACUUGGAGGAGGUGGGCCACCUGACGAAGCUAAACCCCCAGGACGCGUGGCUCCCCAUCACCGAGUCCCGCAACGGAAACGCCCACUACGCCGCCUUCCACAACCUCAAUGCCGGCAUCGGAUUCCAGGCCCUCCUCCUCCCCGUUGCCUUCGCCUUACUCGGAUGGAGUUGGGGCAUAAUAGUUCUUACUAUAGCUUACUUUUGGCAACUUUACACUCUUUGGAUUCUCGUUAAGUUACAUGAAGCGGUGCCUGGCAGAAGAUAUAACAGAUAUGUGGAACUUGCACAAGCUGCUUUUGGAGAAAAAUUAGGUGUUUGGCUUACGUUAUUUCCAACGGUAUACUUAUCAGCAGGAACUGCAACAGCUCUGAUUUUAAUUGGAGGCGAAACCAUGAAACUCUUUUUCCAGAUAGUCUGCGGGACUCUUUGCUCAUCAAAUCCACUUUCAACUGUUGAGUGGUAUCUUGUAUUCACAAUCUUGUGUAUUGUCCUAUCUCAGCUCCCAAACCUCAACUCCAUUGCUGGUCUCUCACUUGUUGGAGCUGUAACAGCAAUUACAUACACUACGAUGGCUUGGGUACUGUCUGUUAGCCAAGAAAGACCCCCUUCCAUCUCCUAUCAGCCACUGCCCUCAUCUUCCUUUGGUUCAGCUGCUUUUUUGAUCUUGAAUGCUUUUGGAAUAAUAGCAUUUGCAUUCAGGGGACACAAUCUUGCUUUAGAAAUCCAGGCAACAAUGCCAUCAACUUUCAAACAUCCUGCACAUGUUUCAAUGUGGAGGGGAGCCAAGGUCGCCUAUCUUCUAAUAGCAAUGUGUUUAUUCCCUAUUGCCAUUGGAGGCUUUUGGGCUUACGGUAACCUAAUGCCUCAAGGAGGAAUACUAAAUGCCCUUUAUAUAUUUCACAGCCAUGAUAUCCCAAGAGGGCUUCUAGCAACAACAUUCCUCUUGGUUGUGUUUAACUGCCUCAGCAGUUUUCAGAUAUACUCCAUGCCUGUUUUUGAUAGCUUUGAAGCAGGUUAUACAAGCCGAACAAAUCGACCCUGCUCGAUUUGGGUUCGAUCUGGCUUCCGAGUAUUUUAUGGCUUCAUCUCGUUCUUCAUUGGAGUAGCACUUCCUUUCCUAUCUAGUCUUGCUGGCCUCUUGGGUGGCCUCACUCUCCCGGUCACCUUCGCUUACCCCUGUUUCAUGUGGAUCCGGAUAAAGAAGCCUCAGAGAUUUAGCUUCAGCUGGUAUCUUAAUUGGAGCCUCGGCCUCUUGGGCAUAGCUUUCAGCGUAUGCUUCUCUAUAGGCGGUGUUUGGAGCAUGGUCAGUCAAGAUCAUCCCGGACCAGGAAUGGUGAGUGGCUUCCUCGGUAAUCUCAGCCGCACAUCCAAAUGGUAAACGGCCUCGGUAGAACUCACCGCCGCAAAAUCCGCGUAGCCUCUCGCGAAGGCAAACGCCCCGGUUCCUCCGACCACCACCAGCUCCUCCCUCCUCCUGCCCCUCCUCGACUCCACUUCGAGGCUCCCCCUGUACGCCGGCGCGUCCAGCGCAAGGUGCACGAUGUUAAAGGCUGAUAGCUCGGCGUGCUGCCUCUGCAGCACCGGGACUACGACGCCCUGCGCCUCGCCGACGACGCGGGACGUGUUCGACGGUCCAUCCUUGAGCUUGUGACGGAACACGAACGCGGUUUCCCCACCUAGGCUUGCUUUAUCCCCACGUGGAUUUCCCAAGGGUGCGCCGCCGGCGGGAAUAUGAACGAAGAGCGAGAGGGCCAACCACGGCCCCAAUUGUCUCUCCUCUGCUUUCCCGGGAAGAGGCGAGAGCAGAGGCAGCAGGAUCACGACUAGUAUGGCCGCCGCAACUGCUACGAAGAAGAUGAUCCUGGCCAACAUUAUAAAUUUUGUAUGCUUCCAGUUUUUCCUAAUGAAAGAUUUAAUAUAUAGAACAGAGAGAUCUACUGCACCAACUAUGGAUCACCUGAACCAUAAGGAUUGCUCUGACCUGCACCAUUUUGAGGAUUAAAUUAUUCUUGGCAACACCAACAGCUUGAGCUAUUUGUAUUUAAGGAAAAUGAUUUCUUUGUCUGUCUCAACGCAACAGGUUUGGAUGUGAGGGAUUAUGCUAGUAAGAUUUAAUUAGUAUUUGUUCAAGUGAUCAGGUACAAUUUUAAGAUGUUCUUGACAAAAUGAUAUAUCUAAAGACAGCAAUAUGCAAAGUUUUAGUUUGGUCGACACAAUUUUUUAUUUGUGAUUUCCAAGUAUU